UGCAUAUAUGAAUCUUGAAUAUUGUGAUAAUGAUGCCAUGAUAGUCUAAAGAAAAUAAUCAUGCAGGUUUCACAUUCAAAUCAAAACAAACUGAUUGUUUUUUUCUUUUCUUCAAUUCUUUGAGGAGAGGGUCUCCAUCAGUACUGCUUUGGAUUUGAGACCCCACAAUCCGUGUUCCUGCUUUUGAGUUUCCUAUGCAGGAGUGAGGAGGUUCAAGAACAGAGCAAGCCAGUUCAAAAAGAUUUCAGUUUUCUCCUUCUAAGAAUUAAGGAAGUUGUGAUCGAGAGGUAUGGUAAUCUGGGGGAAUUCUUCUUUUGGUCAAUAAAGAAAACAAGCUACUGAUGAUUAAGUGGUUCUACAUUUGCUCAUCCAAAGAAGUGAUUUUUUUUUUUUGGUAGUUUAUUUAUAGGCUAAAGAUCAAUUUUUUUUUUUUUUAAAUUCUAAAUUCAGUGAUCUGGGUAUUGUUUAAAACUUGUUUGGUGAUGUGGGUUUUGAGUUUUGACUGAUUUGGUGAUAUGUGGUUCUUGCUUUGGGAGUGGCUAAUGAUCUGUGUUUUAGCUUAAAAUUUUUUAUGCUAUCUGGUUUUAGUUACAAAAGCGAUUGGUGAUAAGGGUAUAGCUAUAAGAAAAACUGAACAGUGAUAAGGGUUUUGCUCUGACAAUAGCUGGUGAUGGUUGUUCUGACUGUCAACGAGGUUACUGUGUUCUUAAGAAUGUAUAUUUGGUGAUUUUCAGUCUUUUGGUUGGUGAAGUUUGGUGAUUUAGAUGACUGUGCAUUAUAAAGUUUUGGAAUUUUAUUGUUUCACUUGAAAUGGAUCAUGAAUUUUGUAUACCCAAUGGAAUUAUGAGAAAGUGAGAUAUUAAUGAUGAGAAAAUAAUUUUGGUAUGUGGAUUGUAUGUUGAAAGUUGAAAGUGAAAUAUCUUAGAUUUGGUAAUUAUAUUGAUGGCACCAUCAUCCACCACUAGUCCACCGCUACAGUCCUCCCCUCCUCCACCAGACCCUCUCACAACUUCUCCAAUUCCACAGCCCAACGUCACUACCCCUUCAACACCAUCCCCUCCUUCUCAGACACCUUCUGCUGUUGUUGCAAGUCCUCCUCCUGCCAAUGCAUCAACUCCAACUCCACAACCACCUGUGGCAUCACCACCGCCUACAACUUCGCCACCUCCACCUUCACCCAAUGCUGAUCCUCCAACCUCAAAUUCUCCUCCGCCACCACAAUCACCAGUACAAUUACCCCCUCCACCUGUCAGCUCAACUCCUCCAGCAACUCCAUCUGAUCCUCCUACUUCUCCACCACCUCCAUCCAAUACACCUACAACUUCUCCUCCACCAUCAUCAGCACGUCCACCAGCGAAUUCACCUCCACCAGCAUCACUAAGCCCACCUCAAGAGUCACCACCAUCACCACCACCGCCAUCAUCAAAGCCACCUGAAAAUCCUCCAUCACCACCGCCACCACCAGCAACCCCUUCAGAACCACCUACCAAUUCUCCUCCAUCACCACCGCCGCCACCAGCAACCCCUUCAGAACCACCGACCAAUUCUUCGCCACCACCAGUAUCCGUGCCACCUCCCAGAAGGUCACCUCCAGCUCCGGCAGCAACCCCGCCCACCACUUCACCUCCUCCACCAGCAUCAACGCCACCUGCCAGUUCACCCCCUCCACCGGCAUCAGCUCCACCUGAAAAUUCACCCCCUCCACCAGCAUCAAUAGCCCCUACUCCUAGUAAUGCACCCCCACCUCCUGGACGUACUCCAUUUCCACCUUCUCAGCCAACACCUUCUCCUUCAAAUUCUACUCCAAAUGCAUCAACUUCUCCGCCAUUGAUAACAUUGAGCCCGCCGCCUCCUUCACUCAGUUCUGCACCCCCAUCUGACAAUAAUACUAGUGCUCCAGAAAAUUCAAAAUCACCAGGUGAUGGAGGCAUUGGUACCGGAGGCAUAGUGGCUAUUGGUGUAGUAGUAGGUAUCAUAAUGCUCAGCAUUGUUGGGUUGGCUGUCUUGUGCAUGAGGAAGAGGAGGAAAGAGGCACAUGGACUCAAUGGUGGUUAUGUUAUGCCGUCUCCUCUGGGCUCUUCCCCAAGAACAGAUUUAAAUUUGUCAAAAGCACAGACAACAAUUCCCCUAAUGGGAAGUGGGUCUAGUACUGAUUACGUUUAUUCACCAAGUGGUUCUGGCGGAUUAGGCAAUUCGAGGUCAUGGUUUAUGUAUGAAGAAUUGCUCAAGUCCACAAAUGGAUUUUCAUCUCAAAAUCUUUUGGGGGAGGGGGGAUUUGGUUCCGUAUAUAAAGGUUGCCUACCGGAUGGGAGAGAGGUGGCAGUAAAACAGCUUAAAGUUGGUGGAGGACAGGGUGAACGAGAAUUUAAAGCUGAAGUUGAGAUUAUUAGCCGUAUACACCAUCGCCAUUUGGUUUCACUUGUGGGUUACUGCAUCUCUGACAACCGAAGAUUGCUUGUAUAUGAUUAUGUUCCGAACAAUACCCUUCACUUCCAUCUUCAUGGGGAAGGUAGGCCAGUUCUCAACUGGGCAGCACGUGUCAAGAUUGCUGCUGGUGCGGCUCGUGGGAUAGCUUAUCUUCAUGAAGACUGUCAUCCUCGGGUUAUUCACCGGGAUAUUAAGUCGUCAAACAUUCUUUUGGAUAACAAUUUUGAAGCUAAGGUUUCGGACUUCGGUCUUGCCAAGUUAGCUAUUGAUGCAGAUACACAUGUGACUACACGUGUUAUGGGGACUUUUGGAUACAUGGCCCCUGAAUAUGCAUCAAGUGGCAAACUAACUGACAAGUCUGAUGUAUUCUCAUAUGGGGUUGUGCUUUUGGAGCUAAUCACUGGACGAAAACCUGUGGAUGCGUCCCAACCAUUGGGAGAUGAGAGCCUUGUGCAAUGGGCUCGACCUUUACUUGGUCAUGCACUAGCCAAUGAGGAAUUUGAUGGUUUGGUGGAUCCAAGGCUUGAAAAGAAUUAUGUUGAAAGUGAAAUGUUUACAAUGAUUGAGGCUGCUGCAGCCUGUGUGCGUCAUUCAGCUGCCAAAAGACCGCGAAUGGGACAGGUUGUCAGAGCUUUUGAUGGUUUAGCUGCUGCAGAUCUAAGCAAUGGAAUGAGAGUUGGGGAAAGUGAGAUAUUCAACUCAGCACAACAAUCUGCUGAAAUCAGAUUAUUUCGGAGAAUGGCAUUUGGUAGUCAAAAUUACAGUACCGAUUUUUUCAGCCAAGGCAGCUUGGAUAGUUAAGAGGAAUUCUUAAUACAUCUGUUAACAGUAGGGUUUCCCGAGUUCAGCUGGCGCCCCGUGCAAGCUCAAGCUAAUUCAGUUGGAGGGUGGCUUACCUUUAGAUGUACAGGAUGUGUAUAUCUGGCAUUUGACUGCAUCUUGCGCGGUGACAGGACUCCAACCCUCAUUAUUAGUUACCAGUUUUUUUUUUUUUUUUUUUUUAAGCUUUUGCACAUAAUACAAGCUAUUCUUUUUUCUUGUAACUAGCUCGUGCAAAUUUUGUUACUACAACUUAUAGUAUUAGUAAAGCUAUGAUUCAAUUUUGUUCCGAUCAUCUACAGUAUUAACAAAGCUAUGAUUCAAUUUUGCUCGUACCAACUAUAGUAUUAAUAAAAGCUAUGAUUUUGUUCCUUCC